CACCUUCAUAAAUCCCAACUCCUUCGCUUCAUCACUAUACAUUUCAAUUCGAAACCUCCCCCGCACUCCAAAAAUGGCCAUGCACUUUCUCAAUUACACAGACCGGAAUUCCCUCAAUUACCAGAAAUUCAAAAAGAAUAAUCCCAAGACCAAUUCCAAUAUCCCCAAGUCCCUCUGCCCGUUCCUGUUAUCUAUUUUUGUUUACAUUUUCGUGUUCUAUGCCUUCAAUCUCUCACCCUCAACCCUUUUCUGUACUACCAAAUUCUGGUUUAUUAUGUGCAACACCCUCGUUCUCAUCAUUGCAACUGAUUUUGGUGCCUUCUCCUCCUCAAAAGAAAAUGAUUUUUACGGCGAAUAUUAUGUGAAAAACAUUAAUGUAAGAGCAAAGAGUUGUAGUACUGUUCCCUCUUUCCAGAGGCAAUACAUGAAAAUUGAUGAGAAAACAAUGCCAAAAGAUCAAAUUGAUGAAGAAGAAGAACCAGAUGGAAAGAUCAUAGACAUGGUAGCUGCUGAUGAUCAUGUUAAGAAUCAAGAAUCCCUGGAAAAUAAACCUGAAAUUUCUGUAACCAAUGAAAGAGAUGAUGAUCAGGCAGAAAACCAGAAUAACGACAAGUUCGAGAAAAACAAGGUCCAAGUACUGGUUAAUGUGAGUUCUCUUGAUGAAGUUAAAAAUAUUGGAGCCCGUGAAGUAAAGAAAAGGAAAGUUAAAUGUGUUCGAAGCAAUUCAGAGAAAGCAAUAUUGAUGGCGGCGGUGGCGGCAGAAAGUGAGGAGAAAAUGACGCCUCUGCAGAGGACAUUGUCUGAGAGAGGCGAGGAGCCGGCGAGGUCUGAAGAAGACGAGUUUUCGAGCAUGUCUGCUGAAGAACUAAACAGAAGAGUAGAGGAGUUUAUUCGAAGAUUCAACAGGCAGAUUAGGCUUCAAGCAGCCAGGAACCAACAAAUCCCUCGGAUCAUUUAGACAAGAGUUGCUCGUCAUCACCAUUUGUCUUGAUCUUGUCUCCCCCUUGUGUUGUUUCCUGCAUAUGUGGCUCAUGGCUUCCAGAUCGUUGAUAAUUGCAGAGAUUCUCUAUAUUUUUUUCGAUU